UAAUUUUUGAUUAUUAGGGUUUUAUCAGGGGUCAGUCCGGCAGAGCAGCCUCAGAGUUCCGCUUUCACUAAUGGAGUCAGCGAUCAUUUCCAACUGAAAAUGGAAGAAACAGACAUUGUUAAGACCCCAUUAUCUCCUCCAGAGCCACAACCAGAAGAACCAGAAGCUAAGAAGCUCAAAAUGUCCACCACCACUACCUCCGACGAGGACACCAUCGACGCUAAUAGCACCGCCGAUGCCAAAACCCCCAGGACGAAUAGAUACAAGCGCCGAAAGAUCGCUAUCUUCUUCGCAUACUGUGGCGUUGGUUACCAAGGGAUGCAGAAGAACCCAGGUGCUAAAACCAUCGAAUCUGACCUCGAGGAAGCUCUGUUCCUCUCCGGGGCAGUCCCUGAGCAAGACCGUGGCAAUUCCAGGCGCUACGACUGGGCUCGCUCGGCUCGCACUGAUAAAGGAGUGAGUGCAGUGGGCCAGGUCGUAUCCGGCCGGUUCUAUAUUGACCCGCCUGGUUUUGUUGAGCGCCUCAAUUCGAAUCUUUCGUCCCAGAUUCGGAUUUUCGGGUACAAGCGGGCGACAGCGUCAUUUAAUGCCAAGAAAUUCUGCGACAGGAGGAGGUAUGUGUAUUUGAUCCCCGUGUUUGCUCUUGAUCCCAGUUCGCAUCGUGAUAGAGAGAGUGUGUUGGCUAGUUUGGGGUCUGGGAAUGUGCUAGUUAAGUGUGUGGAAUGCUCGGAGAGAGGGCGUAAGAUACCAGAGGCAAUGCUGAAGCGCAUUUGUGAAAAGAAAGUCGGGGAAAUUGAGUCGGGCAUUUCGUCAGAUAAUGGAGAUACUGAAAUGAAUUCUAAAGUUACUGAAAAUACUAUGUUAUGUGACAAUACAAGUUCUGAACAGGGGGCAAAGGGCCUUGUUGAUGAUGGAAUUUCUCACAGUGUGACUGAAUCCAAGCAAAAUGAGGAAACUGCUUUGAAUUCUACGAUAGUAAAUGAUUCUGGGGUGGAUAAAGAAGAAGAGAAAGUCAAUAGAGAGGAGGAAGCUGAGAAAAGAAGUUCAUUUUGUUAUGGUGAAGAGGAGAGGGAGCGGUUCAAUAGAAUAUUAAAGUAUUACGUGGGGAGUCAUAACUUCCAUAACUUUACUACAAGAACAAAGGCUGAAGAUCCUGCUGCUCGACGCUACAUCUUAUCAUUUGAUGCAAAUUCCCCAGUUACUGUUGAAGGUAUUGAAUUUGUCAAGUGUGAGGUUGUAGGGCAGAGCUUCAUGCUUCAUCAGAUUCGCAAGAUGAUUGGCCUAGCUGUGGCGAUCAUGAGGAACUGUGCACCUGAGUCGUUGAUCAGUACUGCUCUGCAGAGGGAUGUGAACGUUACUGUGCCUACGGCUCCUGAAGUUGGAUUGUUUUUGGAUGAAUGCUUUUUCACAUCAUAUAAUCAGAAAUGGAAAGACAGCCAUGAAGAGCUAUCCAUGAAAGAAUUUGAAGAAGAGGCAGAAAAUUUUAAAAUGAAGCAAAUAUACUCUCAUAUUGCAUCAACUGAGGAUAAGGAAGGAGUGGUGGCCUUGUGGUUACAUUCACUAAAUCACCGAAACUAUCCUGAUUUAUGUGGUCGUGUUGUUGACAAUGCAACUUCCAAUGGCGAGAAAAGUGUUACUGUUGAAAAUAUUGCUGAGUGACUUGUUGCAAAGGUUAAAGGUUUAGAAUGCUCAAGUACUUUAGUUGCAUUGUCAUUGUUAUUUAUGAAUUGAUUCUUCGCUUAUAAAAUCUUUCCUCCUUUUAUUUCAUAAUAUUUGGCCAGUUCUGUUUCUUCAUCUAACCACUGGGUAUAAAAAAAGGCCCAACCCUUCAUAGGUGGCA